AUGAACCAUCGUGGCCGUUGUCGACAAAACACUAAAAUUCCCCAGGUUGAAGCUGCUCCUGAGCCUGUCGCCCCUGCUCCUUCUGCUCUCCCUCCUGCUGCUCCCACUCCCAUUCCUGUCAUUCCUGCUGCUGCUGCAACUACCACUGCAGCUGCUGCAAUUGCUACUGCUCUUCACCGCCCUAGGAGACAAUGGCAGCUUCCUCAGAGAUUUAGGCAGGACAACACAGCUACUCAUCUGGACAAUGGCAAGUGGAUCGACCUCAAUAAUGUCAGCAGCGGUGAAGAUGAAGAUGACCCACCUGAAGUCAUAGUCAACGCCCACACACACCCGAGCCCACUACAGACAAUGACUAGUACUCUCCUCACUGAUCCCUUUGCCACGAAAAAGAGGCCUUAA